GCGCGCGCGGGCGGGAGGCCUCAGUCGGCAGCCCCGGCCGGUCAGCGCGUAGCUCCUGGCCCAACCUCCAGGGCUGUGGGGCCGGAGCGCCCUCGGCGGAUUCUUUUGCCGCCGCUGCUCUGUUUGUCGUCACAGGGAAGAACUCUCCUGGAGACUCAUUGGCACUCGCCCAGAGACCUUCAUCUCCCUGUCAGUGGGCGCCGAGCGCGCGGUCCUCGCCGUGAGAAAUGUCUACUGGACAAGAGCGAGUGGUUGCUCUGGUGGACAUGGACUGUUUCUUUGUUCAAGUGGAGCAGCGGGAUAAUCCUCACUUGAGAAAUAAACCCUGUGCAGUUGUGCAGUAUAAAUCAUGGAAGGGUGGUGGGAUAAUUGCAGUGAGUUAUGAAGCUCGAGCGUUUGGAGUCACUAGAAGUAUGUGGGCAGAUGAUGCUAAGAAGUUAUGUCCAGAUCUUCUUCUGGCACAAGUCAUUGAGACCCGUGGGAAAGCCAACCUCACCAAGUAUCGGGAGGCCAGUGUGCAAGUGAUGGGGAUAAUGUCUCGUUUUGCUGUGAUUGAACGUGCCAGCAUCGAUGAGGCUUACGUAGAUCUGACUGAGGCUGUGCAAGAGAGACUGCGAGAACUACAAGGUCAACCUGUCUCAGCGGACUUGUUGCCAACUACCUACAUUGAAGGGUUGCCCCAAGGCCUUACGGCAGCAGAAGAGACUGUUGCGAAAGAGGAGAUACGAAAGCAAGGCUUGCUGCAGUGGCUCGGGUCCCUGGCAGUGGAUGACCCAGCCUCUCCCGACCUGCAGCUCACCGUGGGGGCUGUGAUCGUGGAGGAGAUGAGGGCAGCCAUAGAGAAGCAGACAGGAUUCCAGUGUUCCGCUGGUAUCUCCCACAAUAAGGUCCUAGCAAAAUUGGCCUGUGGACUGAACAAGCCCAACCGCCAGACUCUGGUCUCACACAAGUUUGUUCCACAGCUCUUCAACCAGGUGCCUAUUCGCAAAAUCCGUAGUCUCGGAGGAAAGCUGGGAGCCUAUGUCAUCCAGGAGCUGGGAGUAGAGUACAUGGGUGAACUGACUCAAUUCACAGAGUCCCAGCUCCAGGGUCAUUUUGGUGACAAGAAUGGAUCUUGGCUGUAUGCCAUGUGCCGGGGGAUUGAACAUGAUCCAGUGAAACCAAGGCAGAUACCCAAAACCGUUGGCUGCAGCAAGAACUUCCCGGGAAAAACAGCUCUGGUUUCUCAGGAACAGGUGCAGUGGUGGCUUCUGCAGUUAGCCCAGGAACUCGAGGAGAGACUGACUAAAGAUCAAAAUGAUAAUGACAGGGUGGCGACGCAGUUGGCUGUGAGCAUUCGCGUACAGGGAGACAUACGCCUCAGCAGCCUACGCCGCUGCUGUGCCCUGACUUGCUACAAUGCCCGCAAGAUGAGCCAGGAUGCUUUUGCCGCCAUCAGGAACUAUAAUACUUCCAGGACCCAGACUAAGUGGUCCCCUCCGCUCACAAUGCUCUUUCUCUGUGCUACCAAAUUUGCUGCCUCCACCCCUUCAUCCUGUACCGGCAUCACCUCUUUCCUGAGCAGUGACUCAAGUCCUCUGCCAAAGGUGCCGGCUACCGGUUCAGAAGCUAAGACCACCACUAAGAAAGCAGCUGCCUCUUUGGAGUCAUUCUUCCAAAAAGCUGCUGAAAAGCAGAAAGCCAAAGAAGCCUCCAGCCUGGCUGCCACUGGCCAGGCUCUCCCAAGCAGCCCACCCCACAAGCUGCCCUUGUCCCCUUUCCAGACCAGUCAAGGGACAGGAACAGAACCCUUUUUUAAGCCGAAGAGUCUGCUGCUACAGCCAGAACAACUUAAUCACUUUCCGCUCUGUCUCUCCCCCAAAGAUCCUCAGUCUGAUGGCAGUGCGCUACCUGCUGGUGAUCCCAGCUGCACACCUGCUUGUGAAGGGGUGUCUUCCAAAGCUACUUCUGCACCGCUGGAUCUGUCCCAGAACAGCUCUGGGCUCCAGUGCACCCCGGUGGCCACAUGCACUCUGGAAGGGGCUCUGAGUGAAGUCCCUGCCCAGAGUCUGCUCACUGUCGAGGACCACGUGGCCUGUGACAGGUGUGGCUCCCUGGUGUCUGCAUGGGAAAUGCCAGAACACCUGGACUAUCACUUUGCCCUGGAACUCCAAAACUCCUUCCUGCAGCCCCAGCUGGCUUCUGUCACGUCUCCUCAACGCAAAAGAAAUCCCAAGAGUCCAGUGGCUUCUGGAAGUAAGCGCCCUAGGUCUCAAGGGAUGCAAACACUGGAGUCCUUUUUUAAACCAGUAGCACACUAGUGCUGCCCUCAAGCUGCGCUACAGGAAAUGAAUGUUCCAUUUGUUACCCUGAAACAUUGAAAUAUGCUCAGUUAAACACCCGGAGGAUGAUGCAACUUUGAGUGCAAAAUGAAGGCUUCCAUGUCUUCCCAGGCACCAGUUCUAAUCCCAGUGCUUGUAGAGUUGGAGAAGUGCCUACCUCCCUCAGAGGUUUUCAUCUUGGCUUUGAGGGAGGCCAUGUCCUUUGUUACAGUGGAGGCCUCCGCCUGGGACCUUAAUCAAGUAACUGUCUUCAUUUCCUCUACAAAGAUAAGACCUUAUAGAUGAUUGAAAGCCAAAAAUGACAUAUUUAAAGCACCUCACUUACUGUUGGCAUCCAAA